ACGCAGGACCCCGCCCACACCGGAGUAGGGAGUCAUUUAUCAACAGUGAAUUGUGAGACUUUAUGGGGAAAAGUACGAGUUCAAUCACUGCUGUGACAAGUUUGGUUUAUCUGUGUAAUUAAUACCUAUUUUCUGCUAUUAAAGUUUUAAAAGGACUUUCUCUUACCUGACCAUUUUAAAACUAUAUUGCUAACAGAAAUGUACAUAGUUUAAAAUGAGGUUUGCUCAUGAGCUAUUUAUAGAUGUGAAUUUAUCUAUCCCAAAGCUAUGAAUUACAGAAUAUGUUAGAGGAGAACAUUGAGUAGGGAUAUUAAAGAUCCAGUUAUUUAAACAAACAUUUUUUUUUAUUCUUUAAUAAUUCAAUUUAUAUGCAAAUCAGUGAAAUGCUUGGUUUGUUUGCAAUACGAGGCUUUAUUUUGAAUUUUGUUAGCGGAAGACUUAGUUGUGGUAAUCAAAUAGAGUUUUAGGUGACCCACACGCAUGCGCACUUCUUUGAUCCACAUAAAACAUUGCUCUCUGAGCAUCUCGAGUUAAGCUGUUCCACCUAUAUCAUCUGCUAAUUGACGAACCAGGGAACAUUAUCGCUAUGGCAUGCAGUGGAUAUGUACAGGCAGCGGUGGUCUUUCUGGCGGUCCAGCUCGUCUGUCUCGGUGCAGCUGAUGCGGAUCAGGAGACAGGGACCGUCAUCCCAGCCGAAAGCCGCCCUUGUGUGGACUGUCAUGCCUUUGAGUUCAUGCAGAGAGCACUGCAAGAUCUAAAGAAAACAGCUUUCAACCUUGAUGCCAGGACAGAGACGCUGGUGCUGAGGGCGGAGAGGAGGGCUCUGUGUGACUGUAUGCCCAUCAACUCACUGCGCUGAGCUCCGAGUGAUCUGAGGACGCCUCCACCUGCCCUGACACUCUGAAAACAACCCCACUCCAAACCUCUACCGAUGUACAGCAAUUCCCAUCUGAACAUAUCUACAUAAUAGGCACUUUAUUUUAUUUUCCCUCAUAUCACAUCACAGUUGAGUGAAGCCAUCAUUUGGACGAUGUGUUGAGCUAGAACUUGCCUUCAUGAGGCAAGUUGUAGCUCAGCCUUAUUGAGGACAUCUUUUAUACCACCCAUGUUUGUGAAACACAUGCCUUUGCUCUCAUCCAUCUCCCAUGAGGCAUAAUCUGAUUUUUGUACUUUCUAGUAUUUAACUGUAUAAUGUAGAUAUGGUAGAAGGCACCUGUAAAUGAUUGUGUUGUAUAAGAUUAUUGUUUACACACACAUUGAACUGUAGCAUCACAGGAAGUUGAACUACUCAGAUUAAAAGCAGUUUGAAAUAGUUGUUUAAGCUAUACAUAGGAAUCUGACUGUAAUUUCACUGUUUCAGAUGAGCUAAUUAACAGCCUGCAGGAGCAGUUGAAUAACUUAGAAAUUAAAGUUAUUUUUUCUGUAGUUACCAUGGAGAUUUUCUCUUUUUUUGUAAAGAAAUUUUUAGCAGAGUGAAGUGUAUUGUAGGUCUCAAUUUAGCACAGCACUGUAGCAUGAAUUUACAGCACUUUCUGUUCAAUUGUUAAUAUAGAUUGUAUGUAUAGAUUAUAUAAAUGUACUCAGUACAUGUCAUGGAAGUGUCUACAGACUGUCUUUUUUGCCUUACAAAGGCUUAUGCAGGAAAAGGGAUGAACUGGACAGUAUCGGAUGUACUGCAGCACAGGAGGGGAGGGAUGGAGAGCAGAGAAGCAGGGAACAAGGAGGUAGAAAUAAUAGUUGUCUUAUUGUUGCUUGUUCACAUUUAGCAUUUAUUAAUAUGUUACAAAAAAAAACCCAUUUACCGUCUUAAUGUUGUGCUAAUGAAUAAAAAACGGUGAUAUUC